UUGAGCGGACACUAGUUUUGGUCCAUGGCUCUAUAUGUACAAAAGGGCAGAACACCAAAAGCUUCACAAUAAAACAAUACUGAAGAACUUGAAGAAUCCAGACAUGCAAAUGAUGAUCAUGAUCCUUCUCUUAUGCUCAGUAAUCUUCAUUACCAUUCUCUUCUUGACGAAAGGGGGAAAAAGCAACACACCAUCAUCACCACCUAGACUUCCCUUGAUCGGAAACCUCCAUCAGCUGGGGCACCAUCCUCACCGAUCACUAUGCUUCCUCAGCCACCGUUAUGGUCCUCUAAUGCUCCUUCACUUCGGUAGCAUCCCCGUUCUCGUAGUCUCUUCGAUGGAGGCGGCCAAAGAAGUUUUGAAGACGCACGACCGCGUGUUUGCAAGCCGUCCACGGUCUAAAAUCUUCCAAAAGCUUCUUUACGAUGGACACGAUGUGGCCUCAGCUCCUUAUGGAGAGUAUUGGAGGCAAAUGAAAAGUGUAUGUGUCCUCCAUCUCCUAAGCAACAAAAUGGUACGUUCCUUUCGAAACGUGAGAGAAGAAGAGAUGAGCCUGAUGAUGGACAAGAUCCGGAAAGCAAGUUCUUUACCGGUGAAUCUAAGCGAGCUCUUAGCAAAUUUAACGAACGAUGUGAUAUGUAGAGUUGCUUUGGGAAGGAAGUACGGCUGUGAGACGGAUUUUAAGGAGUUAAUGGAAAGGCUCACAAGGCUAUUGGGCGUGUUUAGUGUCGGGACUUAUGUCCUGUGGCUUGCAUGGAUUGAUUGGAUCCGAGGUCUGGAUAGUCAGCUAGAAAAGUUAAGAAAUGAUAUUGAUGAGUUCUUGGAGAGAGUUUUAGAAGAUCAUGAAGAUAGUGACGGAGACAGGACUGAUUUUGUGGAUGUGUUGCUCAAGAUUCAGAGAGAGAAAAGCGUCGGGUUUGACAUCGACCGAGUCAGCAUAAAGGCAAUCAUCUUGGAUGUUUUUGUAGGUGGUUCGGACACAUCUUACACCCUUAUGGAAUGGGUAAUGACAGAGCUUCUACGUCACCCCGAAUGUCUUAGCAGACUUCAAGAAGAAGUCCGUACAAUUUGUAAGGAAAAAUCGAGCGUAUUGGAAGAAGACAUUCAAGACAUGAACUACUUAAAAGCUGUGAUUAAAGAGACACUAAGGCUACAUCCUCCACUUCCAUUGAUGGUUCCUCAUGAAUCAACACAUGAUGUCAGAUUAAGAGAUUACCGCAUACCUGCCGGUACACAGGUAAUGAUCAAUGCAUGGGCAAUCGGGAGAGAUGUUGCGACAUGGGGACCAGACGCAGAGGAGUUUAGACCAGAGAGGCAUUUACAUUCAUCUGUUGAUUUCCGGGGUCAAGAUUUUGAGCUGAUUCCAUUUGGAGCAGGGAGAAGGAUUUGCCCAGCUAUAUCAUUCGCUGUGGUGUUGAAUGAGGUGGUUUUAGCUAACUUAGUGCAUCAGUUUGGUUGGAUAUCUACAGAAUAUCAGGCAGAAGUUGCUGAAUCAACUGGUAUUGCAAUUCACCGUAUGUUCCCUCUUUACGCCAUUCCAUCAUCUACUUCUUGACUUGGGAAUUAUACAUAUAUGUUUUAUUAAUAAUGUUAUAUGUGCACAAACAUGUUUGUACUCAUUUGAAACUUUUACAAGCAAAAGAGUCUUUGAUAUUUA